UUUGGAAUCGACCUAUGAGCAAUCUAGUAAAGAUUUUCGCGGACAUUUAAUUGAGUUGUAUACGACGGAGAUGAAUACUGUGUCUGUUUUGCCGCUAUGGCUGGGUCUUGACAAACCCAUCUUUGACAUUUUUGUGCAACCGAAAUUCAGUCUUUACAAUAUUGAGAAAGAUGGAUCUCGAUAUAAAACAAACAAAGCGAUUUACCAAUACAAGGACUUCUUUUACAAUGAUAUAAAGCUCAAACGUGUGUUUGUUCAAGGAGACCCCGGAAUAGGAAAGUCUACAUUCCUAACUAAACUUGUGAUUGACUGGUGCAACGCAGUUUCUUGUUGCAAUCCUGAUAACAAGGCUACAUUUAGCGAUGCUGAUACUUUGAAGGACUUUCAAUUUCUGUUUCACAUUUCACUACGAGAUGCCAAGGGUCAACGUGAGGUUGUAGAAAUGAUCAAAACACAAAUAAUUGACAACAUUUUCACGGGUGCUAAACAAACGAAAGCAUUUGAGCUUUUACACCAAAUCCUUGAACGAGAGACUUGCCUCGUAACUAUGGAUGGACUUAACGAGUGGACUGAUCAUUUGAAUCAGCACGUUGUACCUAGAAUACCAAGCUCUCAUACAAACUGCGUUUCGCUAAUAACAACACGACCAUGGAAAAUGGCGGACGAGCGGAUCAAAGUUUCUGUUAUUGACAGACUACUAGAAAUUGAAGGCAUAACAGAUUCAGAAAAGCUAACAAAGCAAUUAAUAGUCAGUCUUCAGACUGCUAAUAAAAUGACACACACUGAUUUUAUGACAUACGUUAACGAACAUCACUUUAUGCAUUUUUUUACGUCGCCCUGGCUGCAGGAGUUGAUAGUCAAUGUAUGGAUGAGCAAAACGGAUGUUAAAGGCUCAUUGUGUGAAAUAAAUUGUAUUCUUCUAGACUCACUAUUUAAGAAUGCCAAUGCGACAGAGGGAUCUUUUAAAAACGGGUACUCGAUUGAGUGUUUAUCAAGUACGAGAUAUAUAAAGAAACAAAUGAAAAUAUUUGAUGCACUUGCAAAUGCUGCGUUUCAAUUUACAUUUUCAUCGAACACAUCUCUAACGUUCAGUGAACAGGAAUUAAGGAAAUAUUUAUCUAAAAAACAAUUGCAGUUUUGCCUCAAGGCUGGUGUCUUAACAGCAAGGUUCCAUUCCGUAAAAGUUGCACAGGGUUCGAAAUAUUCAUUUACGCACGAAACAGUCCAUGAGUUUCUGGCAGCAUUUCAUAUAGCAAAUUCACAGCAAGACCUGAUAGCAAAUUUCAAACCUGAACAUAAAUAUAGUGUGUUAGAAAUGAGCCAGACGAUUAUUUAUCUGUACGGACUUCAGUGCGAGACAGCUAAUAAACUACUAAACCGUUUAGUAGACGACGAAUUCUUCAACGACAUAAGUAACGGACUGAGUUUGUACAUGAAGCACUAUUCGGAAAACUUAUCAGCAUUUCAGAUAGACAAAUAUACAAAGGAAACCGUUCUAAAAUCAAAACGUAAUGAUAUGAAUUACGAUGCACGUUGUCUUGCAAUAUCAGUCUUGUUCCAGCACAUGGUUAUAGCUGGUUUCAAUGAGCCAUGUGCAGAAGAGUGUGGAGACGAUUCCCAAGCAAGGAUAUCUGAUUCUCGGUCUGAAAUACCGUUACAUGACAUGUCUGAAAUUGAGCCAUGUGCAGAAGAGUGUGGAGACGAUUCCCAAGCAAGGAUAUCUGAUUCGCGGUCUAAAAUACCGUUACAUGACAUGUCUGAAAUUGAGCUCUUUGUGAAAAAUGGCAGUUCAUGUGCAGAAGAGUGUGGAGACGAUUCCCAAGCAAGGAUAUCUGAUUCUCGGUCUGAAAUACCGUUACAUGACAUGUCUGAAAUUGAGUGGCUGGUUGGUACUAGCAGUGAUAUGUUGCAGUGGCUGGUUGGUAAAAUCAGUGAUAUGUGGCAGUGGCAGGUUGGUUAUAGCAGUGAUAUGUGGCAGUUGCUGGUUAGUGACAGCAGUGAUAUGUGUCAGUUGAUGGUUGGUAAUUGCAUUGAUAUGUGGCAGCGAAUGUUUGAUAACAGCAGUACUAUGUGGCAGUGGCUGGUUGGAAAUGGCAUUGAUAUGUGGCAGUGGACGUUUGAUAACAGCAGUGAUAUGUGGCAGUGGCUGGUUGGAAAUGGCAUUGAUAUGUAG